AACUAAAGCUUUAUUGCUCCUGGACAUCCUACGACCUGUCGCGCACUGCGCAUGUUCAGUACACAGCCCUUAGGUUGUCGUUUCCUGCUCAUACCGGCCGCUGCCAUCUUCACCGGGGCGGAAGAGUCGAGGGACCGAGUGUCGGCCUGACAGCGCUUCCAGGCCCAGGCUGAGUUGUGUCAGGCUGUUCCCUGGCUCGACACACAAUUUUGAAGAGGGGAAAUGGAUGUUGGUGCACCAAGAACAGCAACAGUAAAUGGCUUCACCAUGAAAUCUCAGCUACAGGUUACAGUUAUAUCUGCCAAAUUGAAAGACAGCCGAAAGAAUUGGUUUGGUCCAAGUCCAUAUGUGGAAGUGUCAGUUGAUGGACAAUCUAAGAAAACAGAAACCCGGAAUAACACCCACAGCCCCAAAUGGAAACAGCAUCUCACAGUCAUUGUUACCCCAUUCAGUGUGUUAAGUUUCCGAAUAUGGAGUCAUCAGACCUUAAAAUCUGAUGCACUACUUGGCAGUGCGUCUCUAAACUUGCAAGAAACACUGCUUUCUAAUAAUAUGAAAUUGGAAGAAGUGGUUGUGAAUUUACAGCUGCAAAGUGAGAGGGAGACAGUGGGUGACCUAUCUGUGUGUCUAAAUGGAUUGCAGGUUGAUCCAGAACUCUUAACAAACGGAGAUGAAACUUCUGUGUCAGGUUCCACAGAAAGUUACAGAACACAGACGGAAUUAACUCCUGCCAGUGUUGAUAGUACCGAUGGCACAAGUCCCAGUGAUAACCGUGCAACCAAUGGCACCAGUUCACCAUCUCUGUCCAAUGGAGGGUUUAAACCCAGCAGGCCUCCCAGACCAUCUCGACCCCCACCACCUACGCCUCAGAGGGCAUCCACCUCAGCCCCUGUCAAUGGUGUCUCGAUCACCAAUUCAGACACUGCACCAGUCGUAACUGGCAGUGCACCUGCACCUGAUAUAGACACACCGUCCUGCCCACCUCCUGUUUCCAGACAGAUAGUUCCUGUCAACAUUGAUAACCAGAGAAUUGGAAAUGUCAAUCAGGGAGCCCUACCACCUGGUUGGGAGCAGCGCAUAGAUCAGCAUGGACGAGUCUAUUUUGUUGAUCAUGUGGCAAAAAGGACGACAUGGGACCGACCAGAACCUCUUCCCCCUGGGUGGGAGCGCCGUGUAGACAACAUGGGAAGAAUCUACUAUGUAGACCACAUAACACGGACAACCACAUGGCAGCGGCCUACUAUUGAAUCUGUUCGCAACUAUGAGCAGUGGCAACUUCAGCGCAACCAGUUGCAAGGGGCAAUGCAACAGUUCAACCAGAGGUUUAUCUAUGGGUUUGUUAAAGACAUUGAUAAUGAGAAGCGCAUGAGACUACUUCAGUUUGUUACGGGGACUUGCCGAUUACCAGUUGGAGGUUUUGCUGAUUUAAUGGGGAGCAAUGGUCCUCAAAAAUUUUGUAUUGAGAAGGUUGGAAAGGAAAACUGGCUGCCCAGGAGUCACACAUGCUUUAACCGCCUGGAUCUCCCGCCUUAUAAAAGUUUUGAACAGCUUAAAGAAAAACUGCUGUUUGCAAUAGAAGAGACAGAGGGAUUUGGUCAGGAGUAAGACUCCUUCACAUGUCCUACUGGCACAAUGCAAGUGUGAACACUGCUGAUUCCCUUCCUGACCUCCUCCAUUUCCAUCAUUGUUUUGUCAUCUGUAAUUGAUCAAGAUUUUACUCUGUAUGACUGCAGAUUGUUCUCACAAGGGCCCUCAUUCCGAGUUGUUCGCUCGUUGUCGAAUUUCGCUAUAUUGCGAUUAGUCGCUUACUGCGCAUGCGCAAUGUUCGCAGAGCGCAUGCGCUUAGUUAUUUUACUCAAAAGUUAGGUAUUUUAGUAACGGCAUUACAAGGAAUUUUCUUCGUUCUGGUGAUCGGAGUGUGAUUGACAGGAAGUGGGUGUUUCUGGACGUAAACUGGCCGUUUUAUGGGUGUGUGUGAAAAAACGCUGCCGUUUCUGGGGAAAACGCGGGAGUGGCUAGAGAAACGGGGGAGUGCCUGGGCGAACGCUGGGUGUGUUCGUUUCGUUCCUGGUUUGACGUCACAGACUGAACUGAUCGCAGUGGCAGAGUAAGUGUCGAGCUACUCAGAAACUGCUAAGAAAUUUCUAUUCGCAAUUUUGCGAAUCUUUCGUUCGCAAUUCUGCUAAACUAAGAUACUCCCAGAGGGCGGCGGCUUAGCGUGUGCAAUGCUGCUAAAAGCAGCUAGCGAGCGAACAACUCGGAAUGAGGGCCAACAUUUCCCUCUGUUUUUGUUUCCUGUUUCAGUUUAAACCUUAUGCACAGACACGCGUCUCUGAAAAUAUCAUAAGUUAUGUAUGACCAAAAGAGAGAGAGAGAGCUGCUGUAUCUGUAUGUAGUUGUAGCUGAGAUGGCUACAGUCUUUCAGGGAUGCUACUCCAUUCCAUGUGUCCUUUGUGAGGAUAUAUGACCUUACCAGUUCUCUUCACAUUGUAAUGCCACGGAAACAUUGAGCAUUAUAUAGCCAUAUUUAAGUACUGCAAGAAGGUGUCCCAUGGAAUAAUAUCAGAUAGUAAAUUGCCUGCUCUACCUAUAAAAUGUGUAAUCAGGACCAGCCUUGGAAGUCCACAGGUAAAUGGGGGGAUAAGUAUGGUAUUGUUCAGUGACUGCUUAGUUCUCCUUACGGCUUGUACAGUAUGACGCCAGUCUCUUGUACCCCCUGUGUAUCAGAGUAGCUGGUAUUAGACCAAUAGGUGGUUUCACUUUCAUUAACUUAUUACUGGAAACAAAUAUGUGCAUAUAUUGUCUUUUACCCCCGCUCUGUAAGGAAUAUAAGAGUACUGAUUUCAAAAGAAGAAAAUAAGAUUUCUUUUUUUUCCCUUGUAUCAUAUGAACAAGCGCAUGCUUUCUGUGUGUUACAGGAACAUAUUUAAAUGACUGGUGAUUUAGAAGAAAUGAUUCAAGCUUUAAAUCUCAAGUCUUUAGAACGGUUUCUGUACAUUGUGGGUUUUUUUUGUAUUCUUGGUUGAGGUUGAUGCACUUCAGUGUGGUGUCUAAAUCUGGUCUUGUUUACCUUCCCUUUGUGACUGUGCAUGAUGCUAACUGGCUAAGACUGCCAGUACUGCAAUGGAACAUUACAAAUUGAAUCAAAUGUAGGUGUUUCAAUGCCAAGCUGAUGAUGUGACUUUCAGAAGCUUAGAAGAUUGAUUACUUUACCACUGGCAUGAGUGGAGCAUGUUUAUAGUAAGAGACCAGCCAGUCAGUGCAUGUCUGAGCCAACCAGCACACUCCAUUCCGUGUACCUUACUCAUAUCUAUCAUCAAUAACCUGUGAAGCCUUUAUUUCCCCCCUCUACUCUUUACUUCAAACAUUAUUCUAAACUACACCCACUAUUGUCAACCUAAGCUAUGUCUGUAACAUCUGUGUGAAAAUUGAGUUAACGUUAAUUGUAGAUCUUACAUAUGGUUGUCUUUAAUUUAGCGUCCAUGUUUUUCCUUUAUUUCCUCGCUAUGUCUUAACUCCUUUUAGGUUAAGGUGAACAUCUUACAACAAAGAAGGGGGUUGAAUACUGAACAUGUAAUAUGUAAAUCAUUUACAAAUAAGAAACAUAGGCUAUCCGCCCUAUAUUUUUAACACAAAGCUAUAAUUAAUAUGGACAUCUCCCUAGUUCUAUAGGGUAGGCUCCUAAAAUAUUUUUAUGAUUGAUAUAGGAAGAUGUUAUAAUUGCUUGUGUAUAUAUAAAUAUAUAUAUAUUUGGGGAGUUUUCCCCAAAGGGGGGCAGGGAGCAAGAUUGUUUUAACCCCUUAAUUGCAAGAUGCAGUAUAUUCUUGUAGGUGAGGCGUUUAACCACUCUUAAUAGAAAUAUAAUUUUUUUUUAAAAGCCAGAUCCUUCUCCCUGCUCCCCUUUCUUGUCUCAAAUCUUGUCUGAUUAAAUAAAAAGAAAAAUAAUGAUCAGUAAAAUAUAAAUGUAGAAAAUUAAAAAACAAAUUUUGCUCA